AGAAGUCUGCUGUACCUAGUCAGAUGCAGCGGGUGGGGGUUUGGAAAACGUCUGGAGUGUGUCAUCAUCCUCCAGAAUUAUAAAUUCGGGUGCUUUUCAGAAAUGCGGCAGGAAAUCCAAUCGACUUAGCCUCUUUCUUUUCUCUUCCCGUGGAGCAACCAAACCCGGAGUCGCAGGUGGGGGAGGGAGGAGACAGAAAAUAGCCGAGGACUGUAUGAACCAUGGCUGGAGACAGCGAUCAAACGGUGCAGAACCACAAGUCCCGCAAACCAUUUCUAAUCGGGGUCGGAGGGGGCACCGCCAGCGGCAAAUCCUCAGUUUGUGCAAAAAUAGUUCAGCUACUUGGCCAAAAUGAAAUCGAUCAUCAUAAGCGGCAGGUGGUUAUUGUGAGUCAAGACAGCUUUUACCAAGUGUUAACAGCUGAACAGAAAGGAAAAGCAAUGAAAGGCCAAUUUAACUUCGAUCAUCCAGAUGCUUUUGAUAAUGAAUUAAUAUUGAACACCCUGAGGGAUAUUGUUGAAGGCAAAACAGUUGAGAUUCCCGUCUAUGACUUUGUUUCACAUUCCAGAAAAUCUGAGACGGUUACUGUUUACCCAGCAGACGUGGUGCUUUUUGAAGGUAUCUUGGCCUUUUAUGUGCAGGAGAUCCGAGACAUGUUUCAGAUGAAGCUCUUUGUGGAUACUGAUGCAGACACCCGGCUAUCACGCAGAGUAUUAAGAGACAUCAGUGAAAGACAACGGGACCUGGAACAAAUUUUAACACAGUAUAUAACAUUUGUGAAGCCAGCUUUUGAAGAAUUCUGUCUCCCAACUAAAAAGUAUGCAGAUGUCAUCAUUCCAAGAGGAGCAGAAAACUUGGUUGCCAUAAACUUGAUAGUGCAACAUAUCCAAGAUCUUCUCAAUGGUGGGCUGAGCAAACGUCAGAAUGGUUAUUUGAAUGGCUACACUCUAUCAUGCAAGAGAGACACAUCGGACUCCAACAGCAGACCACACUGACUGAAGGCCAAGCAGUAGAAAUCCUCUACUGAAAUUUAGCAUUGACUUUAAAUAUUUACUGUUUAUGGGAAGGGCAAAUUAGUUAAGGCCUUAUAAUAAUUGAUCAAAACAAAAUUACAUUUUUCUUCUGGUGACAAUACAACAUUUUUCAGCAUUUAUUUUUG